UGAAGGGCAAUGUAGGUUUCUAAUGUUUUCAAGUUUAUCAGAUGAGUUCUGAACACAACAGUUGGUAAACAUGGAGUUAGAUGUAUUCAAACAUGAACUUAUCUAUAAGCUUUAAGUUUAAUCAGGCAAUUUGAUACUACCUAUAACUACAUAUUUGAUAGACCUGUUUGUGAACAGAAUAUCAUGUUUCACCCUAUUUUCAGAAAAUGGUUUGUCCCGGUGUUAUCAGCUUUAAUACACAAUGUCUAUCUGGAACUUGACUGUGAAUUUUAUACUGGGUGUAUAAACAUGGGCAUAACAUGUCAAUAUAAUUGAUUUUUUUCAAGGUUGAAGUUAAGAACUUGGGUUAAUAGACUAACUAAAAACGUGUUGUGCCUUCAUACAUACUCAUGUUAUUCACAAGGAAGGAAUUAUAACAAUAGUGAAUACAUAAUAGCUUAUCAAUCAAAGAGCUGAUCACAACAUCUAUUUCAAAAUGGCAACUUCUGUAGGUUCAGUUCAUAAUAGUUCAGACUUAGUGAAGGACUAUGUGUGUGGCCCUUGUGAAAGUAAAACUAUUGAAGAAAGUGCUGAUUUUUUCUGUGCAACAUGUAUGAAGUUUUUCUGCAGAAAAUGCAUUAAUCUACACGAUCAGUUAUAUGCAAAUCAUACCAAAUAUGGAGGUGAAGAAACAAAUAAAUGGCCUCUGACAAAGGCAUUGGAGGAUUACCUACUGAAAUGUGAUGUCCACAAGAAUGAGAAACAGAAAAUGUUUUGCCAGGACCACAGUCAGCUGUGUUGCUCUGAUUGUGCUUUUCUGAAUCACAGACAGUGCGCCAAUGUGACUCUAAUUUGUGACUCGGUCAAAAAGAUGUCAUUGAAUAUGCUACAGUUGUUAAACAGUCUUGAAACUAUUUUAAAUGAACUAAAUAAGUUAAAAAGUACACAAGAGUCCAGCAUUCAGUCUGUGGAGGAAUCAUAUGGUAAACAACUUCAAGAAAUCGGAGACAUGCGAAAGAAAUUAAAUGCUUCUUUGGAUGCACUAGAAAUUGCAACCAAAAAAGAACUGGAUGAAAUUAGGACCACAUUGCAAACCGCUCUGAAGAAGGAUGUUGACAAGUGCAGCAAACUAAAGGAUGAACUGAAACAACUCUCUGAAGCUGUAAAUGUCCUUUGUGAUAAGAGCAACAAAGAAAUUAAGUUCAUAGCCAGCAGAAAAUGUCUAGACAAGAUACAAGAGUCUGAGUCAUAUCUGAAGAAGAAAUCUGUUAAGGUGCAGAAUUCUAUCAUUUUCAAGGCAAACAGUGACAUCGAGAAGUACCUGUCACAACAGGCAAGUCUAGGGAGGAUUGUAGACAGUUUGCAGUCUCUCACACUCAAUAUGAAUCCCUAUCAGGUGUUAUUUGUGAAGAGCAAAUCUGAGUUUAUUGUCAGUAUAUCAAGUGACACAAGUCAGACUUGCAGUAUCAAAGGCAUUUGCUGCCUGCCUAGUGGCCAGGUCAUUGUCACAGAUUACAAUAAUAAAAAAGUGAAGCUGUUGGACAAGCAUUACAAUGUGUCUAGUCACUCUGAUGUGCCUGGUAAUCCAUAUGAUAUUUGCCAAAUCACAUCCACUGAGGUGGCUGUAUCUGUUGGAAAAGAAGUGCAAUUUAUCUCUGUGAGCAAUGGGCAGCUGGUGAAUGGAAGGAAGUUCCCGUUAACACAUGAUGCUGUAGGCAUCGCCUACAAUAAGGGAGCACUGUAUGUCACCUCUAGAAUUGCCCUGUACCAAUACACCCUGUUUGGAUCACUUAUUAAAAAGAUUUAUGAGGAUGCAAGUGGCUCUUGUGCAGUAUGGACAUGUGCAGUGAGUCCGGCUAGGGACAGGAUCUAUGUGCUCAACAACACGCAGAACAAGGUCAUCACUCUGGCUAUAGAUGGCACCCUGAUAUCCACCUUUGAGGACCCUGAAUUACAAUCACCAUAUGGUGUUCAUGUCACACCAUCAGGACAAGUGCUAGUCUGUGGAUACAGCUCCAAUACUGUCAUAAAGGUGGAUCAUGAAGGAAGAAAGAAACUGGCAACUCUGGUAUCAAACAAAGAUGGAGUGUGCGGCCCACUGUCUGUCUGCUUCAACACCAACACUGACCAGAUCAUUGUGGGACUAAAUAAUGACAAUACAAUUUAUGUUUUGGAAUUGCAAUAGCUAUUCCAGUAAGGAAAAAAACAUUUAAAUGCUGUUAUACGUGUUAUUCCUUUUUUUGUCGGAACAUUAAAUCAUGGAAGAUUUAUCUUUAUAAACAAUUAAUUGAACUUAAUUUUGAAAAUGACUUGAUUGAAUUAUCUAGGAAUGUAGAAAACAAGGAUGUAUGACUGCUAUCUAUGAUGUGGAUGCUGAUUAGUCCUUUUGUAUUGCUUAGGCCAACAAUAAGAAUAUCUUUAUUUGCCUUUGCCUAAAAUAUCUAUGAACAUGUCCCUAUAGAGGAGAAAGUUGCAGCAAACGUAUUGCUUUUCCUUUCAAGAUUAAUCUUUAAUUUAUUAUUUAUUAACCAAAACAUCAAGAGGACCAAAAGCCCAUGUGGACAAAGUAACCAUACAGUGUUUUCAAAUAAAAUAGUUUUUGAUUAUAAAAAGUAACAAUACAUUUCAUUGCAACAAUACAUACAUGUAUUAUUAAAUAUUUGCCUAUUAUAUUUGUAACUAUUUGCCUAUUAUAUUUGUAACUAUUUAUAGUAUAUAUGUAAUUACAAAUGUCUAAUUGCGUCAAAUUUUAAAGUAACAUUACUACUCAAAAUCAACGAAAAAAUCGUACAAUUGUUCGUAAAAUAAACUUAACCAGUUAACAAUCAGUGUUCCUUAUGGCAAUUGCCGAAAUUUCAACGCCAGAUGUGGUCUGGUAAAUAGAUGUUUGUAGAUACAAAAUGCUCGUUUUAAUUAUUGUUUUGCAUAUUUAUUCAUACGACACUUGAACACUCAAAUGGUGUUCGUGUGUUGUAUGAAUAUAUAUAUUCGCGGGAAUUAACUGUGGCCACAAAUAAAUAAAAACGAGCAUUUUGUAUCUACAAAAAUCUAUGUAAUCGUACCACAUCUAACGUUGAAAUUUUGGCUAUUGCUAUAAGGAACACUGAUUGUUAAGGUGUUAACUUUAUUUUACGAAAUACUUAACAAAAUUUCCGUUGAUUUUGAGCGUUAUAGAAACUUUAAUGGAGCAAAUGAUUUACAACAAUAAAUCAAACAUUGUAUUGUACAUAAAUUAGGUCUUCAUAUGAUAGGUGUAAUGCAAAUAAUACUCUGUACUAGCCCAAAGUAACACAAUUUGUUUCAUGAGGCACAUGCUUAUGAUAUAAUUAUAUAACAUUAUGUACAUAUUUGAGAGUAAUAGAACAUGCUUGAGACUAAUAGAACAAUACAUACUUUAAACGUUUUUGUAUAUAAAGCUAUUGUUAUGCACCCUACAUGUAAAUGCACCCCACAUCAAAUAUUAUUAAUGAAUAAUUUUAUGAAAGUAAAAAUAUAAUGUAUUAAUAAGUUAAGAGUAGUAUAAUAAAACCAAAAUGGUUUUAAAUACAUAAAGAGGUAAUUUAUUUUGCUAAAUUUGCAUUGUUGGUUAUUGAACACUUUAAAAGCCAAUUGUACAUAAUUUUUUUACAUAAUACCCAGACAUCCUGGCCUAUCUGUCACCUUAUAUCCUUAAAUUGACAUUUGUAUUACUACAUAAAUGCAAAACGCUCUGAAGAAAUUCGACAAUUGACAAACUUACUGCCUCAUACUGAUCGCACACAAUCUUUGAUGUCUGCUGGUGGCUCACAGUCUUGUUUCGUAUACGUUUUAAUACCGGCUCUUCCUCGCCCUUUGAUCGGUCGGGACGUCCUAAUUAUGUAGGAACGAGUGCCCAAGAUGUCAGAAUAAUGUAGGAACGGUUGUACCAGUUGUCAAAAUAGCCUAGGAAUGACUGUCCAGGUUGUAAAGAUAACCAAAUAAAAACUACUGUCCGCCUUGGCAAAAUUAGUGUAGGAACCAUAACUGUAUGUUUGUUUGUUUGAGAUAAAAUAAAAAGUUUACUAUUCUUUUAAGGGUUGAAUGAUUACUUUUUAGCUCACCUGAGCGAUAGCUCGAGGUGAGCUAUUGUGAUCACUCAGCGUCCGGCGUCCGUCCGUCCGUCCGUCCGUAUACAAAUUUGUAAACAUCUUCUUCUACUAAACCAUUGAGCCAAUUUCAACUAAAUUUCAUGUGGAGCAUCCCUAGGUCAUGGGACAAAAGAAUUGUUAAAAAAAAUUUGAUCACAUAACCAAGAUGGCCGCCAUGACCAUAUAUGGUAAAAACCUUAAAAAAUCUUCUUGUCAGAAACUGCUCAUCAGAUUUUCAAAAAAUUUCACAGGGAUGACCUUUGAGGGCUCCACAGAAAAAGUUGUUCAAAGAAAUUUGAUUCGUCAAAAAACAUGGCCGCAGGAGCUCGUUGAACUUUGCAUGUUUAUUCGUUUUUGCCUAUUUUGUGAAAACUUUCAAAAAUCUUCCACAUUUUUUGUCCGAUCCUUUCCAAAUUUGCACAGUGUCUUUAUAUCAAUGAGGACACAAACCCUACAAAAAAUGAGCAUUAUUGGUCCAUGAAGUACAGAAUUACCUCCCCUUGAAUUGAGAAAAUGGUGUUUAUGCAAUAAAGUCCAAAUUUUUCAUCCAAUUCUUUCCAAACUUGUAAGGAUUUAGCAUGGUUCAAACAAGGGAAACAACUACGGUUUAUGCAUGUUCUUUUUAUUACAGAUUUGCCUCCCUUUAAUUCAUUCAAAAUCUCAUUUUACAGCAGAGAUUCCAAAUCUGACCUGUAAAUGAGCCCCAUAUUUACUGCUGGUGCUAUGUUACCUUUUCCCAUUUGAUCAUUCUUAAGUAUUGGUCUUGUAAUGCUGCUACUGCUACUGCUACUGCUACUACUACUACUACUACUACUACUACUACUACUACUACUACUACUACUACUUCUACUACUACUACUACUACUACUACUUCUACUACUACUACCACUACUACUACUACUACUACUACUACUACUACUACUACUACUACUACUACUACUAGUACUACUACUACUAGUACUACUACCACCACCAACACCACCACCACCACCACCACCACCACCACCACCACCACCACGUCUACUAUUACUACUUCUACUACUACUGCCACUACUACUACUACUUUUACCACUACUACUACUACUACUACUACCACUACUACUACUACUACUACUACUACUACUACUACUACUACUACUAG